UCCGCUUAUAACCUCAUUAUAAGUAACCCUCAAACCGUAACUCCUCAUCCCAGCUCGAGCUUUCCAACACGGAGACGCACCCGACAAAGAAGAUGUUCCUGUUCCUGAAACAUCUAUCAAGAACCGUCCACGAAGAGCAGCAGAUCGAGAAUGAAUACAACCGCCUCGCGUCCUCGUUCAAGACGAUCCCGAACGGGGAUCGACGCCGGAUCGGAGAGCCCCGCCACGAGAACGACGACGGGCGAGAGGCCUGCGUUUCCUUCACGGUGUGGAGGAAGUCGCUCCUCACCGACUGCAAUGGCUUCACGGUCAUCGACUCGCGCGGGGAUAUAGUCUACCGAGUCGACAGCUAUGGCGGGCGCCCGCGGGAGGUCGUCCUCAUGGACCGCGCCGGCAAAUCCGUCCUCACACUGCGCCGUCUCAAGAAACUCCUUGCGAGGCUGGACGACUGGCUGGUCUACGAAGGCGAGGCAGGCGACGACGAUGGGCCCUCUUACAAGUCCGGCAAACGAUCAAGAAAGAAGCCCAUCUGCUGCGUGAGGAGGCGGGUCGGCGUCCUACGCGCCGCUUCCGGUGCGAUCGCGUACGUGUGCCGCGCCACGCCGGCCAAGGCGCGGGAGUAUGUCAUCGAGGGGUCAUAUGCGAACCGGUCGUGUAAAGUGCUCGAGGCGUCGUCGCGGGACGUGGUGGCGGAGAUCAAGAGGAAGGAGGCCAGCCUCGGCGGGGGGUCGUUCGGGACGGAGGUGUUUGUGCUGGUGGUGAGGCCGGGGUUCGACUGCAGUUUCGCCAUGGCUCUCGUUCUGCUGCUGGAUCAAAUGUUUUCCUAGGGAUGAAGAAUGAGAGAACGAAGGGCAAGAGAGAAGUCGCAAAAUGGCCCUCUUGUUCUGGCAAUUGUGGGAUCAAAAUCAAGUCGAUUGUCCUAAAAAAUUAGAGGAGAAGAAGAAGAAGAAGCGGCAGCAAAAAAGAGAGGAGAGACUAUGGAGAACAGAGUAAAAUGGAGAUGCGGGGUAUCGAUCCCCGUACCUCUCGCAUGCUAAGCGAGCGCUCUACCAUCUGAGCUACAUCCCCUUGUUGUUACUGUUCCAAAAACAUAAUAUUCAAAAAUAUUUGUCUGA